AUUAUUAUCUACGGUAGAGUCAGCACCGACGCAGCCGCGGUGCAGCGCGCGAACAUAACAGUGUUGUGCCCUGUUUGACUAUUGGAGAAGUAGGAAUAGCCGUCUGUUGAUGUAAUAGUGAAUUUUGUUUGGAAAAUUUCAAGAAGAUGUGGCGGCAGAUUAUCUAUGUACUGCCGCUGGCACUUUCUACUUUGGCAAUAAAAGUACCAGUCAACGGGAAUGACCAAAAAGAAACGGAAACUUCAACAAAGUUACUAGUUACACCUAGUGAAUCACCGGUCGCCGAAAAAAAGCAGGACGUUUUGUACGUUACAGAUCAACCAAAUAUUGAUAGCUAUUUAAUUCCCCCUGAUCCUCACAGACUUGAGGAAGUUCUGCCAGAUUUUAUCAUUACGCCGGCGACGCAUUUUCUGCCACCGUCUCCAGAAAAACAAAUCGAUUAUUAUGCCCCUGAGGAAGAGGGUAAACAAACUGACUGGUAUCCAAUAGCUCCAGUUCCGGUCCAGAGCUUGCAGGUCAAUUUGCUUCCUAAGGCACCAAAUGACGUAAUGCCCGUUGUACUUACGGAUAACCAAACAUUCGAGAUACCACAAAAUCCAAGAGGCGGAAAAACGUACUCAGGUGAUCCAUAUAUUGUUCCCGUUCCGUCAAGACAACUGGAACCUCCAUUGGAGAAUGCACCCAAUGAUUACAUAGUUAAUACGCUGCCUGAAGAGUUAGAGGUGCCAUCUGCGGAAAUAGAUGAACAAUUCUAUAUUCCUGCGCCCGUAAAACUUGAAGUUCCUAUUCGUAAGAGUCCUAAGAAGCCAGUCAUUAAAAUCAAACCCUUCGGGGAACCCACACCGGCCCUACAUCUAAUGCCUCCGAUACUCAGUCAACAGAAGUUCAAGAAGCCAACUAAAAUAUAUCCUAAAAAGGUUACUAAAGGUUUCCACCCAAUACUGAUCCCGAUUUCACAGUUCGUAGAAGAUUCGCCUCCCGACGUUCCUCGAGCUAAGCCAGAAAGGCCGCUUAAGCCUAUUCCGAGCGAUGAAAGUGAAUAUUUUACACCUUCCGAUGAGAAAAAGCGUUACCUUUACGAACAAAUAGAGCAGAAACGCAAAUCGAAGGGUGAAAAUGAGGUCAAGCAGCCUGCUAUUGCGGCAGAGGACGCACAUGGCAUUAUUGCGCCGGCAGAGCAAGAAACUUCGGAAACAAACUACGGACAUUCUGGUAUUAACGCGUUGCAUGUGCCUGUACGGCACGUUUACCCGCACCAAGUGACACAUGGACACCCAGUGCGGCUAAGAGUAGCCAAAUUCCGACGUCCAGCUUCUCUACCGGAACAGGAACAGCACAGUGCAGAAACCGACAUUUCAGCACCUCCAGCUCCUGGCGAUCGAACAGAGUUCCGUAUGCAUGGCAUGAAGGGACCUCACAGUUACCAGUUCGGAUUUGAUACAGGCAAAGGGAAAAACCGUCAGUUCAGAUACGAGGAACGGGACAACGAUGGUCACGUAAAAGGACACUACGGAUACAUGGACAAGUACGGGAAACUCCGAGUGGUGAACUAUGGCGCUGAUCCACAGACAGGAUUCCAUGCUGAUGCACCCAUUGAGAAAGAAUGAUGAAUAAACUGGUGUCUUCAAGGCCAUAAAUAUAGCAAGUGAAUUAGGUGCGAGAUCGCCUUAGUAUUGAGUUUGUUAAAAAAUAUACGAAACUUACGUGCUAAUAAUAAUUAUUAGUAAGUAAAAAUAAAUCAAGUUUUUAGGUUUUCACGAUUGUUACGUGAUUUUUUCGGACCAAAUCGCAUAUUUUUGUUUUUUCAAACAAGGCAACUUUCGGCCGUGGCCGUGAGACUUGUAAAGGGCCCGAAACAUUGGUUUGUUUGAAAAAACAAAUAUACGCGACUUACAUCCGAAAAAGUAGUUUCAUUUUCAAGAAUAAGUACCUAGUUACUGUAUUGGCAACCUCAAAAUCCCACUGAAUUAAGAACUGGAGAGAACUUUAUAUAUAUAUAUAAUAACUUCUAUAACACUGCUAUCAUCAUAAUGUGGUAACGUCAUUAUAAUGCUCUUAAAAAUAAGCAGAUCUCCUUAAUUUCAUGCAUUAUUAAACAAAAGUUCAAAUAUGGCGGCGCGUGCUUGCUAUAAUAGGUUCAAUAUGUUUAGAAGCGUUCAAUGUACAUACAUACAUACAUAGUAAUUUAGUUUUCAUUUGUAAAUACGUUUUCCAUUGUUUACCACGAACUGUAUAACAUGAUUUUAAGAUAAGUGGGCCGGUAGGCAGGGUUCGAAGUGAUAAUUAUCUUUGAUAAUUGUCAUGAUUUUAUCACGAUAACUAUCUUGAAUAUACCUUGUUAAUUAUCUUCAUAUUUAUACAAUUAAAUGGAGCAACAAAGUAAUACCACUUGCAAUGUCGUGCGAUGUGUGUGUUUCUGAGACGUAUCGCAACGCGUCAAAUGUUAAUCUCAAAAAAGUAAAACCAAAUCAUUUUCCUAAUGAUUAUUUUUCGUAUCUAUUUAGUUUUCUCACUGUUGCACCAUUUUUAGCCAAAAAUUAAAGAGACAAAAGU